ACGGUCUACGAAGCAGAACUCGUCAGCAUGCUCCUUGCGGCCCACCUCCUAAAACGCGAGCUAGCAAGGCGACAGGGCAGGGCCUUCCUGGGAGUGGACAGCCAGGCGGCGAUACGAGCGACAAAGGGAUGCUCCCCUACCCCAGGGCAUUACCUUGUGGACGCCGUAACGGAGGCGUUCGAAGACCUUCAGGAUCGUGGACACCAUGUCAGGGUGCGCUGGACGCCGGGCCAUGUGGGGAUCGACGGGAACGAGCGCGCGGACGAGCUCGCGAAAGCGGCGGCGGAAGGG